AUGAAUUGUGAUUUCGUUGGAAAACCUAGAUACCUCUUUAAAGAACAGGAAGAGCAAAUGUUGGGCCGAGAAACCCCGCCAUUCACUAAACGUGCUCUUAAAUUUGGUGCAGAUCUACCUUCUCCACAGAAUGCUCCCUCUGAAAAUAUCAGCCCUAUUAAAAGCUUGAACCCUUUCCAAAACAAUUGGACAAUAAAAUGUCGAGUAACAAAUAAGAGGAAAAUGCAUCAAUAUAAUACAGCAAAAUGCAAUGGCCAAGUUUUUAGUUUUGAUAUUAUAGACGAAGAGGGUUGUGAAAUUAGAAUUACUUCCUUUGAUGAAAUAGCAGAAUUGCACUAUCACCGAGUUGAAAAAGGAGCUUCAUAUGUUGUUUCCAAAGGUUCUGUAAAAGACGCAAACACAGUAUACAAUAAGCUUAACAGCCACCUGGAGAUUAUCUUGACUGAAACUUCAGUUUUGAAGCGGUGUGCCCCUGAUUCUAAAGGAUGGCCCUACUGUAAACAAGAGAAUAGUAAAAAAAAUGAUAUGUCAACUUUGACAAUUGAUGUUAACCUUUGGGGACUGCCAUCAGAACAGCUAGGCAAUGACUUGAAGAAUAUGCAUGCAUCUAGAACAUUUGUCAUCCUUGUUGUUCAAAAUGCAAGGGUUGGUUAUUUCAAUGGAAAGGUUAUUAAUAUUUCAGCGUCAACAACUUUCGAAAUUAACCCUUCCAUUCUUGAUGCAGACUCCCUCCGUUUAAGAGGCCCUGUCCAACAAUGCCUUGAUUCACACUCUUUGGAUGUGCAUGCCAAAAAUAACCAGUACCAAAGAAUGUCAAUUGCAUCCAUCCUACAACGUCUUAGCAUUGUGCUAGAAACCAUUGAGACUACUAUUACACCUGUCCUGCGAUUCAUAAAGGGGGACCAGUUUUAUUAUACAGCUUGCCCAUUACAAUUCAAUGGUAAAGAAUGUAAAAAGAAAUGUAGUAAAUUAGCUGAGAAUUUGUGGCUCUGCCCUAGGUGCCAAACACAAUUCCCUGAAUGUAAUUACAAAUACCUCCUACAGAUGAAACUACAAGAUCAAACAGGCACUGUUUGGGCUAAUGCAUUUGAUGAGGUUUGUACAAAACUCUUGGCUCUAAUAAAAGUAACAAUCAAGAAAGCGCAGAGGCUCGAUUUUCAAGCUGAGUGUAGCUACUUGCUUGCAGAGAUUGCCAAAAUGCGUGCAACUGCAUGA